AUUCCUCCUACCAAAUGCCCCGCUAGUUCUUUACUAUUUCACUCCAUUAAAAAGCACAAAAAUUUCCAAAUGGUAGAAGGAAAAAAUCUACAAACGACGACUUUUAGCAGGAAGAGUCUAACAAGUUUCAUGGUACAGUAAAAUUUAAUCUCCAUGGUUUCUCUUUCUCUCUCUUCCAUCAACAACUUCUCUGGAAAUUUCUCACACCUUUCUCUCUCUUCUUGACUCUUCUUCCUUACUUCUCUUUCUCUCUCAUCAUCUAUCUUUUCCACUAUUACUAUCAUCUAAUACCCUUUAUUUCAUAGCAAGACAUCAAACCCCAAAAACCCUGAAUUUUUCUCUCAAUUUGUAAGAUGUUUACACGGUCAAAGGAGAGAGAAAAUCAGAGGAAAACCAGUUUGACUCUGCUAGGGUUUCUAAUCUUAGCAUGGGUUUCUUCAAUUGAAUCCAGAUUUGUUGUGGAGAAGAACAGUUUGAGGGUUACGUCACCUGAUGACGUCAAGGGUACUUAUGAUAGUGCUAUUGGAAACUUUGGGAUUCCUCAAUAUGGUGGUAGUAUGGCUGGGACUGUAAUUUAUCCUAAGGAAAAUAAUAAAGGGUGUAAAGAUUUCAGUGAUUUCAGCAUUUCAUUCAAGAAGAAGCCUGGUCAAUUACCCACCUUUGUUCUUCUCGAUCGUGGAGAUUGCUUUUUUGCUUUGAAGGUGUGGAAUGCACAACAGGCUGGUGCUGCUGCUGUCCUUGUUGCAGACGAUGUUGAUGAAGCAUUGAUAACCAUGGAUACACCUGAAGAAGAUAGUGUAUCCGCAAAGUACAUAGAGAACAUUACCAUUCCCUCUGCCCUUAUAGAGAGAAGCUUUGGUGACACACUGAAGAAAGCUGUUAAAAAGGGGGACAUGGUUAAUGUGAAUCUUGAUUGGAGAGAAGCUGUUCCUCAUCCUGAUGAUCGAGUAGAAUAUGAGCUAUGGACAACUAGUAAUGAUGAAUGUGGUGUCAAAUGUGAGAUGUUGAUGGGAUUUAUGAAGGAAUUUAAGGGUGCUGCUCAGAUACUUGAAAAGGGUGGUUAUACCCAGUUCACACCACAUUAUAUCACAUGGUAUUGUCCUCAGGCUUUCACAAUAAGCAAACAGUGCAAAUCCCAGUGCAUCAAUCAUGGAAGAUACUGUGCACCGGAUCCUGAGCAAGAUUUCAGCAGAGGCUAUGAGGGUAAGGAUGUUGUGGUUGAGAACUUGAGGCAGCUCUGUGUAUUUAAAGUUGCAAAUGAGACAAGAAAGCCCUGGGUUUGGUGGGAUUAUGUCACUGAUUUCCAAAUUAGAUGUCCCAUGAAGGAUAAGAAGUAUAAUAAGGAUUGUGCUGAAGGGGUGAUCAAGUCAUUGGGAAUUGAUCUGAAAAAGAUCGAGAAAUGUAUGGGAGAUCCAGAAGCUGAUUCUGAUAAUCCGGUCCUGAAAGAAGAGCAGGAGGCACAGAUUGGCAAAGGAGCUAGGGGUGAUGUAACCAUAUUGCCCACUCUUGUUGUUAACAAUCAUCAAUACCGAGGGAAGUUGGAGAAAGGAGCUGUAUUAAAGGCAAUUUGCUCUGGUUUUGAAGAAACUACUGAACCUGGUGUUUGUUUGAGUGAUGAGAUUGAAACAAAUGAGUGUUUGGAUAACAAUGGUGGCUGUUGGGAAGACAAAGUCGCUAAUGCUACUGCUUGCAAGGAUACAUUCCGUGGAAGAGUAUGUGAAUGCCCCCUCGUAAAUGGCGUGCAGUUUCAAGGGGAUGGCUACAGUUUAUGCAAACCAAAUGGACCUGGUAAAUGCAAGAUAAACCAUGGAGGCUGCUGGCAUGAAUCUCGUCAUGGGCAGACAUUUACUGCUUGUGUGGAUCAUGAGGAUACCUGCAAAUGUCCUCCAGGGUUCAAGGGUGAUGGUGUGAAUAGCUGUGAAGACAUCGACGAAUGCAAAGAGAAACUAGCUUGCCAGUGCUCUGAUUGUAGCUGUAAGAAUACAUGGGGUAGCUAUGACUGCUCAUGCAGUGGGGAUCUGUUGUACAUGAAGGACCAUGAUACUUGUAUAAGCAAAUCGGCUGCACAGGCAAAAUCAACCUGGGCUGCUGUAUGGCUCAGUUUGAUAGGUCUGGCUAUGAUUGCUUCUGGGGGCUACCUCUUUUACAAGUACAGGAUCAGGCAAUACAUGGAUUCAGAAAUUAGGGCUAUUAUGGCUCAGUACAUGCCGCUGGAUAGCCAGACAGAAAUUCCGAAUCAUUCUGAUGACCGUGCAUGAGAACAAGUGCUCUAGAUCGGAGGGGAUCUGGGCUUGUUUAUAUGCCCUUCCCUAUUCCUGUGGAUUUGAGUGUUCAACACCUCUUUGUAAAUUAUGCUGGUGAAUAAGAUUACCAUAGGAUUUUUUCCCAUAUAUUUAUUUGGACCGUGACAUGUAGUGUUGUAGAGGGCAGCGUUGCCGAGUGGAAUUGACGAAAUUGCCAAAAGGAUUGUGCUGACUACCGGUUUCUCUGUUCAAUUAGAAAUUCUGUAUCUACUUAAACUCUUAUGUUUUCAUUGGGUUUUCCAGCAUUUUACUCGUAUUAGGGUAAGGAUAAGGCCGUAUUAGAUUGGAACCUCACACGAGUUGACCAGGCAUGGGUAAUUAUCAGAGUGGUGGCAAGGAUAUGGAAAUCCUCACCCUCAAAAGUCCUCUUAGUGGAGAUAGAAAUUAAAAUUUUAUGGUA